AUGGAGCUGGCUCAUAGUUUGUUACUGAACGAGGAAGCAUUAGCUCAAAUCACAGAAGCAAAGAGACCAGUCUUUAUCUUUGAGUGGUUAAGAUUUUUGGAUAAAGUGCUGGUAGCUGCUAACAAGACAGAUGUCAAGGAGAAACAAAAGAAACUAGUAGAACAGCUGACAGGACUCAUCAGCAGUUCUCCUGGGCCACCUACGCGAAAACUACUGGCAAAAAAUCUUGCCGCUCUCUACAGCAUUGGAGACACAUUUACUGUUUUUCAGACGCUUGACAAAUGUAAUGACAUCAUCAAGAGCAAAGAUGAUACUGCAGCCUACCUGCCCACGAAACUGGCUGCUGUGGCAUGUGUUGGAGCAUUUUAUGAAAAGAUGGGCAGAAUGCUGGGUAGUUCUUUUCCGGAAACAGUGAAUAAUCUUUUAAAGUCUCUGAAAAGUGCAGAGUCUCAGGGCCGCAGUGAAAUUCUGAUGAGUUUACAGAAAGUCCUAAAUGGACUUGGAGGAGCAGCAGCUUCUUGUCACCGUGAUAUUUAUAAGAAUGCCCGAUCUCUGUUGACGGACAGAUCUAUGGCUGUACGAUGUGCGGUGGCUAAGUGUCUGCUGGAAUUACAGAAUGAAGCAGUGUUUAUGUGGACAGCUGAACUAGAGAAUGUUGCAACACUGUGCUUUAAAGCUCUGGAAAACUCAAACUAUGGUGUGCGAGUUGCAGUGUCAAAGCUUUUGGGGACAGUCAUGGCUACAGCACUGAUACCAAAACAAGCAACAGUGAUGCGACAGAAUGUGAAGAGAGCCACACUUGAGGAGGUCUUGGAGCUCAUGGCCACUGGAUUUCUGCGAGGAGGAUCUGGUUUCCUGAAGAGUGGUGGAGAGAUGUUAAAAGUAGGAGGAUCUGUCAAUAGGGAAGUGCGAGUUGGUGUUACCCAGGCCUACGUUGUCUUUGUUACAACAUUAGGAGGUCAGUGGUUGGAGCGGAACUUCGCUACGUUUUUGUCGCAUGUACUUGAUCUGGUCUCCCAUCCUCGUGCAACUCAGACCCAUGUGGAGGCAGUUUACUCUCGAAGAUGUGUGUCCUUUAUCCUGAGAGCAACUGUGGGCAGCUUGCUUGGGGAGAAAGCACAGAUAGCAGCUGCCAAAGAUAUAUGUCAAGCCAUUGGUAAACAAAUGAAGGCAGUGGAAGCAGUAGUGAAUGAUGCUAACAGUGAAAACAAAUCUGGAGCUGCUGAUGUAGCUGCAAGCCAGCACGUAAUGGUUUGUGCCCUCCAGGAACUGGGUAGUCUGGUUCAGAGUCUGAAUGCCACUGCAUCUCCUCUUAUUCAAGAACCUUCCAUUGGUCUGUUGGAGACAGUAACUUCAGUUCUUCUUCAUCCCAGCAUGGCUGCUCGACUUGCUGCUGCGUGGUGCUUGCGGUGUGUAGCUGUGGCAUUGCCUUUUCAGUUGACUCCAUUUUUAGAUAGAUGUGCAGAAAGGCUCAACAAUCUGAAGACUUCCCCUGAAGCUGUUAGUGGCUACAGUUUUGCAAUGGCUGCUUUGUUAGGUGGUGUGCAUCAGUGUCCCUUAGGUAUUCCUCAUGCCAAAGGAAAGAUGGUGGUCAGUAUUGCUGAGGAUCUGCUACGAACUGCUGCACAAAACAGCAGACUCUCCUUGCAGCGGACUCAAGCUGGGUGGCUUUUACUUGGAGCACUUAUGACUUUAGGUCCUUCUGUUGUUCGGUAUCAUCUGCCUAAGAUGUUGCUGCUGUGGCGAAACGUGUUUCCACGUUCUCUGAAGGAGUUGGAAGCAGAGAAGGUGAGAGGAGAUUCUUUUACCUGGCAAGUAACACUGGAAGGCCGUGCUGGAGCUCUGUGCGCUAUGAGAAGUUUUGUUGCUCAUUGUCCUGAGCUCCUUACUGAGGAUGUGAUCAGAAAAUUGAUGACACCCAUAGAAUGUGCCAUGACAAUGAUGUCGCACAUUCCAUCAGUAAUUAAAGCCCAUGGAGCUCAUCUCAAAGCUAGUGCAGCUAUGGUCCGUUUAAGACUUUAUGAUAUAUUGGCUUUAUUACCUCCAAAAACAUAUGAAGGAUCAUUUAAUGCACUUCUUCGAGAGUUGGUAGCAGAAUUUACUUUGACUGACAACUCUGCUAAUACAACAACAUCACUCCUAAGGUCUCUCUGUCAUUAUGAUGAUAGUGUUCUUCUUGGCUCGUGGCUGCAGGAAACGGAUCAUAAAUCAAUUGAAGACCAGCUUCAGCCAAACAGUGCAUCUGGAAGUGGUGCUUUGGAACAUGAUCCAUCUUCUAUUUAUUUGCGCAUCCCUGCUGGUGAAGCUGUACCUGGUCCUCUUCCUUUAGGAGUAUCUGUCAUCGAUGCAUCUGUGGCUCUCUUUGGUGUGGUUUUUCCUCAUGUCUCUUACAAACAUAGAUUACAGAUGUUGGAUCACUUUGCUGAAUGUGUCAAGCAGGCUAAAGGUGUUCGCCAGCAAGCUGUGCAGCUUAAUAUCUUUACUGCUGUUCUUAGUGCCUUGAAGGGUUUAGCUGAGAAUAAAAGCACAUUAGGACCAGAAGAAGUCCGCAAAUCUGCUCUGACACUGGUAAUGGGUGCCCUUGAUAAUCCUAACCCUAUUUUGAGAUGUGCAGCAGGCGAAGCUCUUGGCAGAAUGGCUCAAGUGGUUGGAGAAGCCUCUUUCAUUGCUAGAAUGGCUCAAUACAGUUUUGAUAAGUUAAAAUCUGCUCGAGAUGUUGUAUCAAGAACAGGCCAUUCUUUGGCUCUGGGCUGUCUCCAUCGGUAUGUUGGUGGAAUAGGUUCUGGACAGCAUCUGAAAACUAGUGUCAGCAUUCUUUUGGCUUUGGCACAAGAUGGAACUUCUCCUGAAGUCCAGACCUGGUCUCUCCAUUCACUUGCCUUGAUAGUAGAUUCUAGUGGACCAAUGUACCGUGGAUAUGUGGAGCCAACACUUUCUCUAGUCCUUACUCUGCUCUUAACUGUUCCACCAUCGCAUACAGAAGUACAUCAAUGCUUAGGCCGAUGUCUUGGAGCUAUAAUAACUACUGUUGGCCCUGAGUUGCAAGGUAAUGGAGCUACAAUUUCAACAAUCCGUUCCUCCUGUUUGGUGGGAUGUGCAAUCACACAAGACCAUUCAGACUCGCUUGUUCAGGCAGCUGCCAUAUCCUGCCUUCAGCAGCUUCAUAUGUUUGCACCUCGGCAUGUCAACCUGUCCAGUCUGGUUCCCAGUCUUUGUGUUCAUUUGUGCAGUUCCCACUUGCUGCUUCGCCGGGCUGCAGUUGCAUGUUUACGACAGCUUGCUCAGAGGGAAGCAGCAGAAGUAUGUGAAUAUGCCAUGAGCUUAGCAAAAAAUGCUGGAGACAAAGAAAACAGUGGUAUCAAUACUAAUCCUUUUGCACCAGGAGCUGGUUCUCGGCGAGAUGCUCAUUCCCGGCAUCAGGGGGUUAAUAUAACAGAGACAGGCCUCGAAGGUGUCCUUUUUGGGAUGUUGGAUCGGGAGACGGAUCGGAAGUUGUGCUCAGAUAUCCAUGAUACUCUGGGACAUAUGCUUUCAUCGCUGGCAGUAGAAAAUCUUUCUCACUGGCUAAUGCUUUGUAAAGAUGUGCUUGCAGCUUCCAGUGACAUGAGCACUGCUGCUCCGUUGGGAGGAGGGAAGGAUGAGGAAUCAGAGAAGAAGGAUGAGAUGGAUGACGAUACAAUGUUUACCACUUUGGGUGAAGAGGAUAAAUCCAAGCCUUCUGUAGCACCUCGUUGGGCAACUCGUGUGUUUGCAGCAGACUGUCUGUGCCGAGUUAUUAUGCUGUGUGAGAAUGCAAACAAGGCACACUUCGAUCUGGCACUGGCUCGUUCAGCCAGACUUAAAAACCCAAAAAAUGACUUCUUAGUACUCCAUCUCUCUGACCUGAUUCGAAUGGCAUUCAUGGCUGCAACUGAUCACAGCAACCAAUUACGAAUGGCGGGACUUCAAGCUCUUGAAGACAUUAUCAAGAAAUUUGCAUCAGUUCCUGAGCCAGAGUUUCCAGGCCAUGUGAUACUGGAGCAGUAUCAGGCUAAUGUUGGAGCUGCUCUGAGGCCAGCUUUUUCCCAAGAUACACCAUCUGAUAUAACUGCAAAAGCCUGCCAGGUAUGUAGCACGUGGAUAGGAAGUGGGGUUGUAAGUGACCUGAAUGAUCUCCGCCGAGUUCACAACCUUCUUGUCUCUUCCCUGGAUAAAGUGCAAGCAGGAAAGGGAUCUUCCAGCCAGCUUUACCGAGAGAGUGCGACUACUAUGGAAAAACUUGCAGUUCUGAAAGCAUGGGCUGAGGUGUAUGUUGUUGCCAUGAAAAUUAAGAAAGAAGCAGAGACCAAACCAAAGCGUGUUUUAAAGAGCACAGAGGAAGAUGAGGAUGAUUUUGGUACUGUGGAUGAGUUGCCACCAGACAGUUUGAUAACACUUGUACAACCUGAGCUACCCGCACUUAGCCGUCUCUGGUUAGCUGCACUGAAAGAUUAUGCUCUUUUAACUUUACCAGCUGAGUUUGCUACCCAACUUCCACCAGAUGGGGGAGCAUUUUACACUCCAGAAACAAUUGAUACAGCUAGGCUGCAUUACCGAAACUCCUGGGCUCCCAUACUACAUGCAGUGGCACUUUGGCUAAACAGUACAGGAUUUAAUGCUUCAGAGUCAACAGAAGAAACUGCUGCAGCAGUGCCCAAUUCUCAGAAACGUUCUACAUCUAUUAUGUUAAACCAGACACCUGGAACUCCACCUACCACUAAGUCUUUGCCGGAGAUAAACAAAGAUCGAAUGCACUUAAUUUUGGGUGUUAGUAUACAGUUUCUAUGUUCCCCACGACCUGAAGAGCCUGUUGAGCAUGUUACAUCUUGUUUACAAGCACUUCAUACCUUACUAGAUUCCUCUUGUGCCAGGAUCCAUAUUGCAGAAGAUCAGCUCCUUGGUGUUGAACUCUUGAGUGUGCUUCACCGACUCCUUCUGACCUGGGAUCCUCCUUCAGUCCAGCUACUGGUUACAGGAGUUGUCCAGCAGAUAGUAAGAGCAGCUCAAGAUUAUUUGCAGGAAAAAAGGAACACCCUAAAUGAAGAUGAUAUUGAAGAAAAAGAACAUCCUCUCGCUUUAGGAGAGGGAGGUGAGAGUGGUGGUCUUGUGCCUGGAAAAUCUCUAGUCUUUGCAGCCAUGGAACUGCUUAUGUUUAUCCUAGUACGGCACAUGCCCCAUCUGAGUUCAAAAGUGUCAGAUUCUCCAAGUCACAUUGCUGCCAAAUCCCACCUCUCUGAGGAAAGUGCUCGGCUUGUGGCUGUGUCUGACCUGCCUUCUCUGUGUUCGCCAGCAGGAUGUAUGACAAUCUUACCCACUAUCUUAUUUCUGAUUACAAGAGUAUUGAAAGAAACAGCAGUAAAAUCAACAGAUAAUCAGGUCCCACCUCCAGUCAGUGCAGCUCUUCAAGGGAUAAAAACUAUUGUUACUCUUCCAACAGUCAGGACUGAUGAAACUCAGAAACAAUGGACAGGUCUUAUCCGCAGCACUCUGGCAUCUAUCUUGGAAUAUUCGCAACCUGAAUCCUCUAAUCCUAUUCUUGAUGAAGUAAGCAUCCUUACCGCUAUUGCUCUCUUCCUUUGGUCAGCAAGCACUGAAAUAAUUGGAGUGCAGUCUUUACAAAAUGGAUGUAUGAACAGAUUUAAAAGUGCAUUAAAUUCCUGUGAUCCUUGGGUUCAAGCCAAGUGUUACCAGCUUCUGCUUUCUGUGUUCCAACACACCAAUCGUGCCCUGUCAACUCCAUACAUUCAUUCGUUGGCCCCUAUCAUGGUUGAGAAGUUGAAAGCUGUGGAAAGGAGCCGCCCGAACAACAACCUGGAGCUGUUAGCAGUCCAGGAAGGAAUUAAAGUCCUUGAAACAUUGGUUGCCCUUGGUGAGGAGCAGAAUAGAGUCCAGUUGCUUGCCCUUCUCAUUCCAACUCUGAUCUCCUAUUUACUGAAUGAAAAUGCCUUUGCUUCUGCAUCUACAGCAUCUAAGGAUCUUCAUGAAUUUGCACUUCAGAAUCUAAUGCGCAUUGGUCCACUUUACCCACAUGCUUUCAAGACAGUAAUGGGAGCUGCUCCUGAAUUAAAAACACGUCUAGAAACUGCAGUCCGAGCAAGUCAGGCCAGCAAAGCAAAAGCAGCUGCUAGGCAACCACCACCCACAGUACAUUCUACCCCAACAAUUAAACUGAAAACUAGCUUUUUUUGAAUUACUUUACUUUUAUUAUUUUUGGACCAUUAAGUAGUCAGAAGGAUUACAUUGUCCCCGAUGUGUUACUGCGUAUAUGUCUUAUUUUGUGUAAUUUGUAUGUGAAAGGCUGUCUGAUAGAGCUUUGUGUAGUUACUUGAAAUCCAUGCUUUACAAGGGAAGUGGUGGUGGAUUUGUAUAGAUUUUUAGGAAAUUGAAUGUGAUCAUAUUAAUUUGUGUAAAUUAUCCAAAAAACCCCACUAUUCUCUAUCUGACUAAAUAGUUUUAUUUAUUUUUAAAAGCUACCCCAAACCUUUGAGUGGUUUUUGAAAUCUGGUGAUUGUUAUCGUACCAUUGUGCCAGCACACUGGGGAUGGACGGAAGAGGGGAAACUGUUGUGAAG